AUGUCCGACACACUCUCACACCCCCAAAAGGCUUUUGCCUUCUACAGAGAUGUCCUCAAAAGCCCACACGUCAUUUUAGCGCCAAUGGUCGACGGGUCCGACACUUCAUUCCGGUCAUUUGUCCACAAGCAUGGGGUCGACCUCUGCUACACUCCGAUGGUCCUCUCAAAGUUAUUUAAUGAAUCGAAGACCUAUCGACAAGAGGUGAUUAAAACAUUAGACCCAAGGGAGCGACCUUUAGUCAUUCAAAUAGUUGGCCAUGACCCCGACGAGAUGGGGAGGGCAGCCAAGUUACUUUCCAAGUAUUGUGAUGUGAUAGAUAUCAACUUGGGCUGUCCACAGAAGAUAGCGCAAAAGGGGCAGUACGGGGCGUAUUUGUCGCAAGACCUAUCGCAAACGGAGAAAGUCGUCAAAGCCGUGAUGAAAGCUGUAGAAGUUCCUGUGUACUGUAAGAUCAGAGUGUCUGAAGACCAUGAGAAGACGAUGAAGUUGGUUGAUAUGUUAGUCGCGUGUGGUAUUUGGGGACUUUGUGUACAUGGCAGGACAAUCGAUGAGAAGCAGAGUGGCGUCUAUCACGCGCGUUGGGAGAUCAUUUCCGACAUUAAGAAGCGCGUGGCCAUUCCGGUCAUCGCGAAUGGGGGGAUAGCCACUAUGAGUGACAUUCAGAAGUGUAAAGAGAUCACCAACGCCGAUGGGUUUAUGAUAGGAAUGGGACUCUUACUGAACCCUGGACUAUGUGAAGGGAGACUUGAUGACAACUUUCUAUUAGCUUCCGAGUACUUAUCGUUAGCUGAAGAGCUCAGUCUCACGUGUUUAGUGAAGUUUUGGGAGGUCAAAGGUCACAUUAUAAAGAUGUUGAUCUAUCGCAUCCGACCCGAGAAGGACAUCGUGAAGGAAAUUGGUCUUGUAACGACAUAUGAAGACAUAAAGACGUGGAUGGGCAAGGCAGAGCACCUUUUUCGGAAGCGGUCCGACGACAUUUCCCACAGUCAAGACAUGUUAGUUCAAGACAAGAAACUCAUGAAUGAACAAGUUCUGCAACCUGACGAAGAAAAAGUGGAGAAAGAAUGUUAA